GCGCAUAUUACAGGUGUUCCGUAUUCAAGCGUAUACCGUUCGUUGCUUGUUUGAUUAAUAUUACCCAUCGUUCUAAGUUCCGAAGAACCGAUCCAAUCGAGUCGUAACGUGUUGACCACAUAAACCAAUGGACAAUUCGAGACCUUUGUGACCUGUGAAUCAAUUUUAAUUAAUUAUUUUCAAAUGUGUGGUUCGUACAAUAGAAAUUAGAUUUUCAAGUUAUCAGUGAUUGUUAUCGCUUAUCUCUUCUUAGUAAUUAUCAAAAAUGUGUCUUAAAUGCAGAGGUAUUGUAAUUUGUCGUUGCAGUUUUGUGAUAUCGGAGUGCUAGAGAACCAAUCGAAACAGGCAGAAUAUAAACAACUUGUUGCUUAUGCUUUUUUCGGUGGUUUCGUUACAUCAGCAAAAACUUUACAGUUAAAAGUGAUGAUUAUUCUAGUUAAGAUAUAAACGAGCUAGUCCAGAGAUCAUCAUUUUAAUGAUGGAAGCAGAUUCCAACACCGGGGAAAGUUUAUCUUGCUCCGACAGCUUAUCUUUUUCAACGUUCCAGUCACACAACCUCGAUACUGUGGUUGAAGAGAAUGAAGAUGCGAGAAAAGCAAGAAAUCUCAAAUCGGAACUACUUGUAGAAGACAGUACAAAAUCUCAGCUAUCAUUCUACUUGGACAGAUUGCUACAACGAUUCAUCCAUCAAUGCCCCGACAAACUUGAAAUUAGCCAGUUUGAUAUACUCUUAAUGGCAAUGUAUUGUAUUUCGUUGGAAACGGGUUUCAUACCCUGGGGCCAUCGAGUCGUCGAGGAAGAUCAGCAAACAUUUCGAGCACGUUAUCCUUCAUUUGAUCGACGAGUUCUUUUCACGUUUUCAACUCUGGUUCCUUCUAACUUCUACAAUCGGACAAGUCGCAGCUACCGGUUGAAUCUUUAUCUUCAAGGGUCAGAGCAUCAGUGUGUAUUAGUAGGGAUAAGAAGCGGUGAUUUUCUUUGUACGACAUUCAGUGUGCCCAAGCGCAUAGACGUAUCAGGACGAAGCAUCCUUUUACCUGUGGCACGAUACGUACCUGUUGUUAAUUUGCCAAAGCUAAACUUAUCUUGUCAAAAUUUAAAAGAACUUUCUGCCAAACUUAAAAAUAACAUUUUUCUUCCAAUCCGUGAUGAACUUUGCAUCGAUGCAAAGAUUAUAAUGUACCCUUCACUGAACGGACUGCCGGAUGAAGUUGUAGCAAUACUGUUGCAAUAUCUCGAUAAAAAGGCCGCUCUUCGAGUGGCGGCUAGCUGCUCUAGGUUAAGAACAUUGGCAUUGCACUAUCGUAGACAGUUGUUUUCUUGAACUGGUCUUAAGGUUUCGGCAAAU